GAUUUGUCUGCAUUUCACUCUUUUGGAGUUUCUCCUCCAUUUUCGAACUUUUUACCAUUAUCCAUUCCUUCGUUUUUUCCAUCGUUCUUUUCCAAGCUAUUUACAAAAUGCAAUUCGGCACAUUAUCAGCCCUCGCGGCAAUUGUCCUCCCAGCUGUAGUAUCAGCACAGUUGACUGGUUCAGUUGGCCCCUUGACUUCAAGAGAAUCUAAGGCCACAAAAGUUUGCAGUGUUUUGGACUAUGGUGGAAAAGCAAGCAAGACUUCAGAUAUUGGCCCGGCGCUUACUUCUGCAUUCGCUGCUUGCAAGACUGGUGGAACAGUUUAUGUCCCACCUGGAGAUUAUGGUAUGUCUACUUGGAUUACACUCAGCGGAGGUUCGGCAUGGGCACUUAAGCUUGAUGGUAUCAUUUAUCGCACUGGUAGUGAUGAUGGAAACAUGAUCAUGAUCAAACACACCACCGAUUUCGAAAUGUACAGUAGUACCUCUGCAGGUGCCAUUCAGGGUUAUGGUUAUGAAUUUCACAAAGACGGAGCUUAUGGUGCACGCCUCCUCCGAUUUUACGACGCUACCAACUGGUCCAUCCACGACAUUGCUUUGGUCGACGCCCCUCAAUUCCAUUUUUCCAUUGAUACCUGCGUUAACGGAGAAGUUUACAACAUGAUCAUUCGUGGUGGCAACGAGGGUGGUCUUGAUGGUAUUGAUGUUUGGGGAACCAACAUCUGGAUUCACGAUGUUGAAGUUACUAAUAAGGAUGAGUGUGUUACUGUCAAGAAUCCUUCCGAUCAUAUUCUCAUUGAAGAUAUCUACUGUAACAGUUCAGGAGGCUGUGGUAUGGGAUCUCUUGGAGCAGAUACUGCCAUCUCUAACAUCGUCUACAACAAUAUUUACACUUACGGAUCCAACCAAAUGUACAUGAUCAAAUCAAACGGUGGUAGCGGUACAGUUUCUGACUGUCAAUUCAACAACUUCAUCGGUCGCUCCAAUGCCUACAGUUUGAACAUUAAUGCAGCCUGGCCUCAAGCAAGCAAGGCUUCCGGUAAUGGUGUCAUCUACGAGAACCUCUCUUUUAACAACUGGAAGGGAACAUGUACCAGUACCUCUGAACGUGGACCAAUCAACCUCCUCUGCUCAUCCACCGCUCCAUGCACAAACGUCACCAUCACUGACUUUGCCAUCGGAACUGAAUCCGGCAGCACCGGAAAAUACGUCUGCCAAAAUGCUUACGGUUCAGGAGGAUGUCUCAAAGCCGAUACCGAUUCCCCAUCCGCUUACACUACAACUCAAUCUUGGUCCUCUAUGCCAACCGGCUACGAAGCUUCUACCAUGGCCCAAGAUUUGGCUACUCCUUUCGCCGUGAGCGUAAGCAUUCCUAUCCCAACCAUCCCAACCUCUUUCUUCCCAGGUAGAACUCCUGUCUCCGCUCUCAUGGCCAAUGGCGGCAAGUCCUCAGCUUCAGUUGCAUCCCACGUAGCUAUCACCACCUCUUCAAAAGCCGCAGUAGCCACCUCGACCGCCGUCGCUUCCUCCUCAAAGGUCGCCGCUACCAGCAAAGCUUCUUCUUCCGCUGCUGUCGUUUCCGCCAGCAAGACUACUCUCGCCACCCAAAAAUCUAGCACUACUCUUGCUACUUCCGCUAAACCAGCUGCUACAACCGCUGCUUCAUCUUCUGGCUCGGUCCCUUUGUACGGUAGCUGCACCGGGGGACAGUCCUGCUCUGCCGACGGCGGAGAAGUUUCUUCAACCGAGAUUGCCAGCUCGGUUGCUCCUGCUCCAACUGAUGCAACGGAUGCGAGUGGAGAGGAAGAUGAUGAGUGUGAAAUCUAGACGUCUAAACGUCACUCUAGAUAUGAGGACGUAAGGAAAGAAAACAUAUAUAUAUAAGGAGGGGAUAGAUUCAUUGUAUUAUAGUUAGAACAGUAUCUUGAUUGUAAAUAUUGGAAUGAAGAAAACA